AUGGCGCUCGUGAAGGCGAAUGGGGAGGAAGAGGAGCAGAUCAUCAAGCCCGAGGCCAUCGAUGCGAAAGUCGAUACAAGCGAAUGGCCCCUUCUCCUCCGCAAUUGGGAUCAAUUACUCGUCCGCACCGGCCACUUCACACCCAUACCCGCCGGCUGCACACCCUUACGGCGCGACAUCAAGUCUUACAUCUCCUCCGGCGUCAUCAACCUCGACAAACCUUCCAACCCGUCUUCGCACGAAGUAGUAGCAUGGCUGAAGCGAAUUCUGCGGGUGGACAGGACGGGUCAUUCUGGCACGCUCGAUCCCAAGGUUACCGGCUGUCUCAUCGUCUGCAUUGACCGUGCGACGAGGUUGGUGAAGAGUCAACAGGGCGCUGGCAAGGAGUAUGUCUGCGUGCUGCGACUGCACGACAAGCUUCCCGGCGGAGAGGCGCAGCUGUCGCGUGCGCUGGAGACAUUGACGGGUGCACUUUUCCAGCGCCCGCCGCUCAUAUCUGCUGUCAAGAGGCAGUUGCGGAUACGGACUAUCCACGAAAGCAAGCUGUUUGAGUUCGACAACGACCGGCAUCUCGCAGUCUUUUGGGUGUCGUGUGAGGCCGGCACAUACAUACGGACGCUAUGUGUACAUCUUGGCUUGUUGCUCGGCGUGGGUGGUCACAUGCAGGAGCUGCGACGUGUGCGAUCGGGAGCGAUGGAUGAGCAAGAGGGGAUGGUGACUCUGCACGAUGUUCUGGACGCACAGUGGCUGCAUGACAACCAGCGCGAUGAAUCAUAUCUGCGGACCGUCAUCAAGCCCCUAGAGACGCUUCUUACAACCUACAAGCGCAUUGUUGUCAAGGAUUCGGCGGUGAACGCGGUCUGCUACGGCGCGAAGCUCAUGAUUCCGGGUCUUCUACGUUACGAAGCCGGCAUCGAAGUGCACGAGGAGGUUGUGCUUAUCACAACUAAAGGCGAGGCCAUUGCGCUAGCGAUCGCACAGAUGUCGACGGUCGAGCUCUCAAGCUGUGACCACGGCGUUGUGGCGAAGGUCAAGCGUUGUAUUAUGGAGCGCGACCUCUACCCGAGAAGAUGGGGCAUGGGUCCCGUUGCCACCGAAAAAAAGAAGAUGAAGGAGUCAGGAAAGCUUGACAAGUACGGCCGAACCAACGAGCAAACUCCCGCGCAGUGGAAGCAGGAGUACAAGGACUUCAAUGACCCCGAUGGCGUCAAUGGUACUAAUGGCGCUACGGGGGCCAAUGGUACCGUCCUGAUUCCCAACCACGGGAACGAGAAGCAAGCAGCCGAAGGCGCUGCUGUGAAGGAGGGAAUCCCCGGCCGUGGCCCGGAGAUGGCAGAUAAGGAUGACAUCGAGAUGGCGGAGCCUGUUGCGCCGCUCCCUACGCCAGCCGCAACGCAGAAGCCGAAGCGGAAGCACGAGGAUGAGACGCCGGAAGAGCGAGCUGAGCGGAAGCGCAAGAAGAAGGAAAAGAAGGCCGCCAAGGCUGCAAAGGACGAGGAUGACGAGUAG